AAUCAGCGUCGCCGCGGUCCCGGUUCUAAAGUCCCCAGUCACCCACCCGGACUCAGAUUCUCCCCAGACACCGAGGAUGGCAGUCAUGGGGCCCCGUACCCUCCUUUUGCUGCUCUUGGGGGUCCUGUCCCUGACCGAGAGCCGGGCGGGCUCCCACUCCAUGAGGUAUUUGUACACCUUCAUGUCCCGGCCUGGCCGCGGGGAGCCCCGGUACAUCGCAGUGGGCUAUGUGGACGACACGGAGUUCGUGCGGUUCGACAGUGACGCCGCGAUUCCAAGGAUGGAGCCGCGGGCGCAGUGGAUGGAGAAGGAGGGGCCGGAGUAUUGGGAGGAGCAGACACGGAGAGUCGAGGCCGCCGCACAGAGUUCGCGAGUGGCUCUGCGGGUCCUGCGCGGCUUCUACAACCAGAGCGAGGCCGGGUCUCACACGCUCCAGGCUACGUUUGGCUGCGACCUGGGGCCAAACCGGCGCCUCCUCUGCGGGCAUGAACGGUUCGCCUACGACGGCAAGGAUCACAUCGCCCUGAACGAGGACCUGCGCUCCUGGACCCCCGCGGACACGCCGGCUCAGAUCACCCAGCGCAAGUUCGAGGAGGCCAAUGUGGCAGAGGAGAUGAGAGCCUACCUGGAGGGCGAGUGCCUGGAGUGGCUCCACAGACACCUGGAGAACGGGAAGGAGACGCUGCUGCGCGCCGAGCCCCCCAAGACACACGUGACCCACCACCCCAUCUCUGAUCAUGAGGCCACCCUGAGGUGCUGGGCCCUGGGCUUCUACCCUGCGGAGAUCACACUGACCUGGCAGCGGGAUGGGGAGGACCAGACCCAGGACAUGGAGCUUGUGGAGACCAGGCCCACAGGGGAUGGAAACUUCCAGAAGUGGGCAGCUGUGGUGGUGCUUUCUGGAGAGGAGCAGAGAUACACAUGCCAUGUGCAGCACGAGGGGCUGCCUGAGCCCCUCACCCUGAGAUGGGAGCCGCCUUCCCAGCCCACCAUCCCCAUCGUGGGCAUCAUUGCUGGCCUGGCUGUCCUUGGAGCUGUAGUCACUGGAGCUGUGGUCGCUGCUGUGAUGUGGAGGAAGAAGAGCUCAGAUAAAAAAGGAGGAAGCUACUCUCAGGCUGCAAGCAGCGACAGUGCUCAGGGCUCUGAUGUGUCUCUCACGGCUUGUAAAGGUGGGAUCCUGGGGGAGGGGCUGAUGUGUGUGGGUUGUUGGGGGGAACAGUGGACACAGCUGUGUUAUGGGGUUUCUUUGACUUGGAUGUAUUGAGCUGGUGAUGGGUUGUUUAAAGUGUGACUGAUAUAAAUUUGUU